AUGUGCAGAAUCCGGUGUGUGCACUUCACUCUGCACGACGUGGCGCCGAGCAUGGCGACCAACCUCUUCAACACCAAUGGUGAGGGUGACUACAGGAGUUCGGGCGUGGCCCGUCAGUGCAGAUGCGGCCACAGCAAACGCAUGUUUAGCUUGGAACCAAUGCCAUUGGGCAGCCACCCGCAGCCUGAGCCAAACCAUUGCUUCUACGCGGGCUACUGCUUUCACACUUACCACGACUGCUGCGUACUUUGGUACCAGGUUAUUGAAUGCAACUGGUUCUGGGAGAGCUUGGAGGCAGACUCCGAAUGGGAUUGUCCCAACCGUUUCAUAUCGCACAGGUACUGCCACUUGCACCAGGUUCUGGAACCAGAGAGUCGGGUGCGCAUCUUGCAAAAGAUCGGUCUCCCCGAGGACGUGCCCAGAUGGGAUCUUGAUCCCCCCAAGCCGCCCCAUUUCCCGGCAGACCUCUUCUAUUCGCCCGAUCAGUGGCCCUACGUGGACUUCAGGCUGCCAGACGACUGGGUCGACGUGGACAACUGGGAUGAGGAAGAGCAGUCAGAGGAAGAGCAGUCGGGGGAGGAGCAGCAAGAGGAAGAGCAGUCGGGCGAGGAGCAGUCGGGGGAGGAGCAGUCGGAGAAAUGGCCAUGGUUUCCUAACAACUCGUUAGAAAAAUGCCGGGUAUACAUUGAGGCGUUUGGGCAGAUGCUUUUCAACUUCAAGGAGCAGCUCCGAGAUGCUCAAGCCGCCGCGGCAGAAUGUGCCAAAUCGGUGCAUGACGUGACCACUCCGGCAGGCCUGCGGGAGUUUACCGCUCAUACGAACGUCGCCAUCGCCAACUUGGUCGGAGCAAAGGCGCAUCUAACCAAUGCCAAGCGGUUCCAGAGACACGCGGCCUUGAGCUACAAGCUCAUGAUGAAACACAUUGGCUUGUGUCUGACCGCACUUGGGAGGAUGCCUGCUCCGGGCGAAGCUGUUACUUCGACAGAUGGGGACUCGUCCUUCACCGUGUCGCGUGAGCAAAUCGACCUCGGGGACCUCACAGCUGAGGAAGUCAUUGAAGCCUGUGAAGGGGCUCCAAAACAAUACGCAGCGUUUUUGGACGGGUACUUGGCGGAACUAACCCGUAACGUGAACCAGAAGUUAGCUUCCGGGGCAUACAGGGUAAUCAACCGCAAGUCGGGAAGGAAGCCAUAUCGGCCCGUCCGAAAUGUCGCGUUGCCACCUAGGGCUCUGAGCUCGAGGAGGUUGUUGGCGAAGAAAAAUUGUCCGGUCGAGCUGACACCACCACUUGACGAAUUGGGUCUUUAUGCCGUACUAAGGAAACGCAUUUCUAGACCUCGCCCCCUGCUUUUGCGUAGUGAGCGGUCGGACUGAUAGCCUGACAGUGAAGACGAAUCAAAUGACGAGUCAUGAGAUCUCAGAUGGG